AUGACUUCAAGAGGAAACCAGUUGAACAACUCAUCAGGUUCCAAACUUACUGGGGGUAGUCAGCACCGUCGUACAGGCUCCAAAACUUGGUCACACAUCAAUGUAUCUUCGGCACCUAAUUACAAUGCGUCCACAUUCGUCCCCAAUGGAAGAAAGAAUAAUAGCACUGCUCAGGCGGGCACAGCUCAAGAACAUCAGGCCGCCUAUCAUUUAGCAAAUGCAGCCCACGGCCAAGAAGCAUCAUUAAAGCAUAUGAAUGAUCGAUUAUUGUUCGGGCUUAUCAGGAGUAUUGGCUGCAAGAGUAGAAUCACUACCAACUCUGGAGCUACUUAUGAUGGAAUUUUAUAUACUAGUGGUGACAUCACGGACUCAGGAGUUGCUAUAGUGCUGAGAUACCCGCAACUAAAAAAGAGUUCUUUUGCUUCGUCAGAAGAAGAGCUUAAAAUCAAAUUUGAGCUCCCGGAGACGCUGAUUAUUUCGGAGAAAGAUAUUUCAAAGAUGGAAUUUGAAGACGUGGAUUUCGAGGCUCUUGAGGAAGCUGAAAGACCGAGAUUGCAUACGUCAGGCAGAAGUUUCAGGACAGACAAUGAUAUAUCGGCUGACUUUGCCUGUCAUGAAAGAGAAUUACAAAAAUGGGUACCAGAUGAAGAUAUUGAUGUAAGAUUGACUGAAAGUUUGGAAGACGCUGACUCGAACGUCCAUUGGGAUCAAUUUGAGGUGAACGAGCGUAAAUUUGGUAUCCAAUCUACUUACGACGAGGAUUUGUACACCACCAAGAUUCCUAAAAAUGCUCCAGACUAUGAACAAAGGUUGAAGGAAGCCGAGAAGAUAGCUAGGGAAAUUGAGUCUCAAGGCCACAAUGGUAAUAUACACCUUGCUGAAGAGAGAGGGAUUAUAGUAGAUGAUAGCGGAGUUGACGAAGAAGACAAAUAUUCAGGUGUUUCCAGAGAACCUGCCUCUCAGAGUGAGGGCGAUGCAUUGCUACUCGGAAUGUUAAGAGCUAACACCAAAGAUCACAGAAUUGAGGCAAGACUGACUGCCCCAGGGAAGUACGUACCUCCUAGACAGCGUGCUGCCAACUUUCAUGGUGACCCUGCCAUAGUUGCCAGCUCUGGCACUGAACAAAAAAGUGAUGGUACUUUCGAGUCACCUGUGGGCUUGGAUGCACUUGACCAAGGCCGCAGUGACCACCAAGCACAAGCCUCUCACUCUGAACGUCUGAAAAAAACAGUGAAUGAAAGCAGCAAGCUUAUUCAUCAAAAUGAAAUCAAUUCUUUGCGCGAGUUCUCGGCAACCUUUAAAGUGCCAUCAAGAAUACCUCCAGAUUUACUUCCUAUACUUUCGAGGGAUAAGGUCAAACAGAAUGAGAUAGUGAAAAAGUUGGAAACCAAAGACAAUGGAAAAGAUCAAAAGAAUGAAGAAGGUGAUGGUCACCCAAAAAUUGCAGAUACUACCACUACUUCUAAAACCCCCACUCCUAUAUUGAGUAAGAAAAAGAUGGACCCCAGAACUGCUCCCACAUUCAAGAUGAACCCAAAUUCGGUCCCUUUUUCUCCAAGUUUUGCAUCUUCAAGAAGCUCCCCAGCUGUAAACUCAGGUGAGAUAACGCAAUCUCCGCAGCAACGCAACAGGAAGGAGGUGGCAUCUUUCUUCCCUACUGGUAAAUCGCCAAAGGAAUUGGGAAUUUAUCAUAAGUCUGGAAACUUCUUCAACGUCAAAUUCAACGUUCUUAUCAAAGCUCGGAUCGAGUAUGAGGAGAAAAACGAGACAAAAAACGUUUUCAUUAUCAAUAUCGAAAAGCCUUUUGCGACUCCUCCAACUUGGCCAUCGACCGUUGAGGAAUCAUACAAAAUGGCGUUUUCAAAACAACCUGAAUGGACUGGCUCUCCAGCUACAAUACCGCCUAUGCAAAAAAGGUUGUAUCAAGUCUCAGCUCAGCCAUUCCCGAUGAUGGCUCCGCCACCUCAACAGCAUCCACCAGUGCCUCAACCUGUAAUGAUGCCACAGCCUAUGCAAAUGGAUCCUCACAAUAUGCACAUGCCACAACCCACUUUUGUCGUUCCUCAAUUUCAGCAGCCUCAGUUCAUUCCCUUUUACCAGCCGCCACCAAGCGUUCCACAGAUAGCCUAUGGAAUCCCUCAAAAUCAAAAUGUUGCGAGUGGUGCUAUACCCGUAUCAAUGAGGCAGCAAGGGCAUAGAAAUUCUAGGAACCAUCACUAUAAUACACAGCAGCAGCUAAAUGCUAGGGGCGGAAAUGGCUAUAAAUUCUAG